AUGUAUAUACCUCACCCUUCCACUGAAGUCCUUGACGAUAUUCGUAACAUUCUAUCUUCCCUCCCACAUCCUAUUUUGGUCAUGGGAGACUUCAAUGCACAACAUUCUAUGUGGGGAAGUUCUAAAUCUGAUCAUUAUGGGGCUAGAAUCUUAGACAUCUUAGAUGAUAAUAAUUUAUGCCUUCUAAACUCUGGUUGUCCUACUAGAAGGACUCAGCCCCAUGAGGGUAUUAGUGCACCAGACCUUACCCUGUGUAGUCCCUCCCUAGCUCCUACAUUAAACUGGUGGCCACUAUCGUCGUCAUAUGGAAGCGAUCACUUUCCUCUAAUUAUAUCAUUUCCUCAAAAAAUUGGCGAAAAGAUGUCUAAGGCUCCUCCCCGGCUAAAAUAUAGACUUAAGGAUGCCAACUGGUCAUUAUUUAGAGAUAAAGUUCAACAAAAUUUAUCAACUAUACCUCCACUAAAUGACAACAAUAAUCAUCUUUGUGCUGAAGCUUUUACACGGGCCCUACUACAGGCUGCUGAGGAAGUUUUUCCUAUUAAAAAUAAUAGUGGCAAUGGGUAUAUUCCAUCACCUCCUUGGUGGGACAGUGAGUGUUCUGCUGCGAUAGCUGAGAGAAAGAUAGCUGAAAAAAAUUACAGAAAAAAUUCUACAACACAAAAUUUUAAUAUUCUUUGUAAUCUUAUAACUAAAACACGUAAAUUAUUAAAACAAAAAAGAUUCAAUGGCUGGAAAUCUUUUUGUGCCUCAAUUUCACCAGACAUUUCUCCAUCUGAAGUUUGGCAAAAUAUUCGUAGAUUCAGAUCCGCUUUUAAGCCUCCAAGGUCUCCUUUUAUGGAUAGCAGUACAGUUGAUUUGUUUCUUGACAAAUUAGCUCCACCAUUUGUCCCAUCUAUAGAUAAUAUUUCUUCUGACCCACAGCCUUCUCUCCUCUCCCAGCAUGAUAGUAGCGAUUCAUUCAUUUCCUUUAGCCUUUCAGAACUCAAAGGGGUUCUUUCAAAACUUAGGGACUCAGCCCCAGGUUGUGAUGGAAUCCCAUAUUCUUUUCUUCAAAACUUAAACGACUCCUGCCUUUCUUAUUUUCUUAGUUUAAUUAAUUCAAUUUUAAGAUCAGGUAAUAUUCCUCCAUCAUGGAAAAUCCAUGAAGUUAUCCCAAUACAUAAGCCCGACAAACCGAUUAAUGAUCCAUCAUCUUACAGACCAAUUGCAUUAGCUUCAGUUAUUUCCAAAAUUUCCGAACAUUUAGUUAAAAAUAGGCUAGAAUGGUUUAUUGAGAGUAAGGGGUUACUAUCUCCAAACCAGUUUGGAUUUAGGAAAGGUAGGAGUACGAUGGAUAGUCUCAGCAUUUUUAUGACAGACUUAAGAUUGGCAUUUUCGUACAAUAAGUUUGUGUUAGCUGCAUUCUUAGAUGUAUCUGCAGCCUAUGAUAAUGUCAACCUUUCAAUUCUGAAACAAAAAAUGAUUAAUUUGGAUAUCCCACAAAUUUUUAUAAGAUUCACAAUCAAUCUUCUCUCUGGUAGAAUGCUUAAAGUAAUAUCAGAAGACUCCUACCAAUCCCGUAUUGCCUGGAAAGGUAUACCCCAGGGCUCAGUUUUAAGUCCCUUAAUUUAUAAUAUAUAUUCUCAUGAUCUGGAAGCCUCCCUUAAGGGUAAAGUUAGCACACUCCAAUAUGCAGAUGAUUUACUCCUCUAUGUCUCUGGUGAUUCUGUUGAUAACAUGUCUGAUACUAUGACAUAUUCCCUUAAGUUGCUAAAAGUUUGGCUUGACAAUAACUGUCUAAACCUUUCGGUUCCUAAAAGUAGUAUAGUCUUAUUUUCACGUAUGAGGCUUCCUCCUCCAGUGUCUGUAUUUUAUAAUAACAUUAGAGUUCCCGUUAAAAGCGAAGCAACAUUUCUUGGGGUAAUUUUAGACUCGAGACUUACAGGCAUUCCUCAUUGCUACUAUAUAAGUGCCAAAUGUGAGAAGAUUCUAAAUAUACUGCGCUGCCUCUCUGGAGUUUGGUGGGGAGCCCACCCUUUCUCUCUAAAGCUUCUAUAUAAUGCCCUAAUAAGGAGUAUUUUAGACUAUGGAACAUUUAUUCUUGAACCCUGUAAUGCAGUAGCUCUCCAUAAGUUAGACAUUAUCCAGUCUAAGGCUCUGAGAAUAAUUGCUGGGGCUAUGCGUUCAAGCCCUAUUAACGCUUUGCAGGUUGAAUGUUCUGAAGCGCCCCUGCAUCUCAGACGACAAUUUCUUUGUGACAGGUUCCUGUUUAGAGCAUUCGAAGUCUAUAAUCAUCCUCUUUACUCUAGGUUACGGUCUCUGUUGGAAUGUAUGGACUAUCCGUACUGGGCUCAUAAAUCGCCGCCAUGCCUUAUUGUUAGUUUCCAAAAAUUCUUAGCUCUUCAAGCUCCAACACAUAGAUCACAAUUCCUUCCUAUAUUUUGUGUUAACUAUGAUGCCUUAAUUUUAAAACCAUCUAUUUUGUUUGAUUUCGGUGUAUGUAAACAAGAUCCAUCUGCCAACGCCAAAUUUAUUGAUAUUGUUGACAGUGACAGCCGAUGGAAACAUUGCCAUUUAAUUUUUAGUGAUUCUUCCAAACCCGGUUCCGAGGAGUGUGUGGGAGUUGGCGUUUUCCAUCAACAGUUUGGCAUUGUACAGAAAAUAAAAUUGCCUCCAGAGACUUCAGUAUUUACUGGAGAAUGUUUUGGUCUGUUGAAGUCUCUGGAGUACAUUUUAAUCAUGAAGUUAAAAAACUCAAUAAUUUUUACGGAUGCUAAAAGUGCCCUCCAAGCCUUGGAAAGAUUUCCUUUUAGCAGUAACAGAAAUAAUCAUCCAGUUAUUAUUGCAUGUCGUGAUUUAUUGUAUCAAUGUUGCAUCAAAAAUUACACAGUUUCUUUUGCUUGGAUUCCGGGGCACUCAGGUAUCUUUGGCAAUACCAAGGCCGAUAGCCUUGCCAAAGCUGCAGUCAAUGACGGAGAUCUAGUUCCGUACAAAAACUUUUGUUGUGAUUUGGCUCUCCUUCCUAAAUCCCAGUUAUUGAAUUCUUGGACACACAUUUGGCGUUCUUCAAGUCAGACUAUAGGUCGAUAUUAUAGUACGAUCCAGGUGGAUAUACCUCCUAAACCGUGGUUUUCAAAUCUGACGUUUGGUAAAGCUAUCACUUCUACCCUUAUUCGUAUGAGGCUGGGCCAUGCAUGCAUUCCCUUGCAUUUGGCAAGGCUUAAACUUUUGCCUAGUAAUAUAUGUGAGUGUGGCAAUGACGUUGGGGAUUUUAACCAUAUAUUCUUUGCUUGUCCUCGACAUGACCGUUCCGCUUUUAUUUCCUCGCUUUUGUCCAUUAAAAUUCCUUUUCCUACUUCAAUUUCUGUCCUUUUAUCUUAUGUAAAUAUUGAUGUAUAUAGAAUUUUAGCCAGUUUCAUUUUUCAUAACAAUAUAAAAUUAUAA